AUGGACCCAUCACGGUAUCCACUACAGAACAUAAAUACAAGCUCUACAUACUAUGCUGCCCUACCGAAUCCACAUAGGCCUGCUUCUCCGUCUGCCGCCACGCCAUUUGUCCCUCCAUCAUCGAUACAUCAACCAUACAAUAACAUGAUCAACAAUAAAACACCAGGGAUGGAAGCAGUCUUGUCGGCAUUACAGGAGCAAGCCGAAGCGGUGAAAAGUCUGCAGGCUGCUAUGCUGGCCAUGGAGAAUGCAUCGUCGUCGCCAAUACGCGCUACGGCCCGAACCAACAAUAUUGUUAAAGAAGGAGGAAUAGAUGGUGGUAGACGAGUCGGGGAACUAGAUGCUGAGUUGAGGAAGCUACGGGGUCUGAGUCCUAGUCGAGAACCAACACCGAAAUUACCCAACGACAAUGUGAUGACUCCGGCAAUGUUGGCUGCUAUCGACGCUGCUGUUGCUGCUAGACUGCCGCUGCUUGUGGAAAAGGCUCAAAAGCAGUUACGAGAUGACAUUAGUCGUCUUAAUAGUUCUGGGGCUGUCAAUACUUCUGGUAUGGCACGGUAUGAUCGUGAACGUUUACAUGGACUGGUACACGAUGAGGUGUCUGUGCAGUUAGCCAAGAAGCUGCCAAUGGAAAUCACUACGCGGAUAGAGACAGCCGUGUUUCCGCAGAUAGAGCAUUUGCUGGAAACAUGUAGGGUGCUUCAGAAAAGUGUAUUGGCCAAACCCGACAAGGACGAAGUACACUAUGACAUAUCAACUAGUAUAUCAAAGACGCUAGCCGCUUUAGAUAAGCGAGAGUCACAAAUAGAAGCUGAGAUAUUGCAGCAGGUUUCUCACAAGGUCAAUGGAAAAAUCGAGACCAUGACACAACUCCAUCAGUCAUCGCUGGAUCAUAAACUGGAAGUAUUUAGUAAGCAGCUGGAGACUUUUAAAUCUGAAAUGGUAGCUCUAAGUCAUGAGAAUGAAGAAUCUCAUGCGCGGGUCCUGUCUGGCCUACAUGAUGUAUCGGGUAUUGCAUUACAUGAACCGAAAAUCAAGCAGAUGAUUCGGGAUGGGCUGGACGAGUCAGUUACCGACCUACGUAAAGUAAUCUCACAGAAAGUAGAUCAUGCUGUGCUCGAAGAACUCAUGAGACAUAUAGCCAGUCGAGAGGAACUACGAGCCAUGCUAGACAAGAAACUACAUACGUCUUCUGGUGGUGCUGAAGACGGUAUCAGCAGUGUCGUAAAAAUAUUCGAAUCGAAAUUAUCAGCAUUUCGUAAAGAAUUGUCGUCAAAAUCGAAGAAGGCGUCAGAGAUACAUACCGAGGCUGCUAAAAGGGAUAUAACAGAUGGGAUACUGCAACAUGUGCAUAACGACUUACGUGCCAUGUUUUCUACAUGCACUGACGAGAUAAUGGGAUCAGUUAGGAAUGACGUAGAUCUGAAACUGAUUGGACUGAAACGGGACAUGAUUGAACGAUUUGGGCGACGUACAUCACCUAAUACAUCAAUACUGCCAGAAACCAACCACCAUCAUCACCCCAAUAACAGUGAGCCGAUAACGAAUGCUGGUCCUGGAGUACCGAUAGCUGAUAUACUCGCAAACGAGGAACGACACAGGAACCAAGAAGAACGAGUGCGUUGUGAACUACGCCAGUUCAUAAUCAAGUCUCUUGAACAACACUAUACCGAUUUAAUGAGAGAAGCAGAUGGUAAAAUAACGAGUCUACGACGAGAAGUUCUGGAUGCACUACGGAAAUCACCACAAGGAGGGGCUAUAAGCAAUAGUAACAACAAUGGUGGUGAAGUUCACGUAGUAGACAUGGAGAAUGCCGUGAAGUCUAUAACGAGAGAUUUCGAUGAAAAGCUGUAUCUGGUAUGCUCUGAUGUAUCUGCCGUCAAGUCUGCACAGGAGCAGAUUCUUAGGAGACCGCUACAUCGUGUUGCUCAAUGGUUGUGGAAGUCUCAGACUCUCAAGUUUGGAUCCGCGGUACCGUGGAAUUAUCAGAGUGUCAAUACAGAUCCCGACAACUUCACAUGGACGUCAGACUCACCACAUAUUCGAGUACACGACGGUGGCCUAUACGAGAUAUCAUUUGCCUUCUUCACCAAAGCAAAACCGUCAAUCCAGCUGGUUGUUAAUGGAGAAUCUGUCUUGUCGGCCAUCAAUUCGGCAUCGUAUGUUGUUCAUCAUGGUUCUGGAUUUGUUGUAUCUGGAGAAGGUGCUAUGGAACCGGGAGUUGUUAGUGGUCUGAGUCUACUGGACUUUUUGGCUCUACCGCCUAAAUCUACACUAUCGUUGCACUAUCAUGGUGCCAAGAAACAGAUACUGGGACACGGAUUCUUCAAUCUGCGACGAUUGUAUUGA